AUGCGGUCGCAAUUGACCCGCCAUGUCUUGCGACGCUUGCGUGCCCACCAGGGCAUCCCUCCGUGUCCGACGACAAGGCCAUCUCUACGCCGAUAUCCUGCCGCUGCACGGAUCGCGAGACCAGUUCAACGGAGGACGUUUCUAAACUUCUUUCAAAAGGCACCCCGGAUUUUGAAGGAACCCGAGGUCGAGCCCGGUUUCGAGUCGUUACUCAAGUAUGGCGCAAUGAAAAAUGAGAAUCUUCGGCCGCCGCCGAGGGAGGAGCUUGUCAAAGGGUUCAGGGACUUUUUCAAGUACAAAAAGGUCAACAACCGCCCAGUCAAUGCCAUGCAAGCACGAGUGGCGCACCAUGUUUUGAAGCACUUGAAUGAGCCUGGCGAGCGCAGUGCCGAAUUCACCUUGACUCUGGCCGACCUGAGGACAGCACAGAUUUCACUUCAACAGCGACCCCGCGACGACCCCACCGAACUCCUCGAGCUUGCAAGAGCCUUGUUUCUACAGAUUCGCGACCUGGCGAAACAAAAGGUCCGGUCGUCCCGGUAUUCCAGGGGUGGCGAGAGCAAGAGUGCCGCUGUCGAGUUGUUCCCGGAUAUUGCCACUCUUCUCAGAAUCUUGACACAGCACGGAAAGUCACUCGAGGCACGACACCACUUGUUGACAUCGUGGCAGUCCCUUCAAAGCGAUACAAAACUGGGUUAUGGCCGUACAAAGGGCCUCUGGAUACCGGUGCUCCGUGGCCUUGCGCAGGAGGGAAGGGAGGAAGAGCUAUUGGACUUCCUUGCAAAGAUGCAAACCCGAUCUGGCCUUGAAUUUGGCCGUUCUGUACAUGAGAUCAUGACAACAUUCUACGCCAAGAAAGAUGAUCUUGAGACAAUGAAGGAGUGGUUCUACAAACCGAUCGAGCCCGCACGCGCAGACGACGCAUCCGUUUCAGAGAACGGCAUCGCCGAGACAAGCUCGACUUCUCCUCCAACGCCAGCGCAGCAAACCUAUGCAGAAGUAUUCCGAUGUGCCAUGCGAAACAAUGAUACCGAAUGGGCCAUAUCGGAGUAUCAAUUAUUAACGGAUACUCUUCCUACACUUUCAGAGACACAUUACGCUGAAGAAGCAGUUCUGGUUAUAUAUCGAUUUGCAGUACUGCUCCUCGGCAAGGGGCCUGAACAUAUCGAGCACAUGUUCAAGAGUAACCCCGAUCCCAACUUCCGACCCAAUAUCUCUAUUGUCAAUGCCCUUAUCGAGGCAGCUGUCGAAAAGGGAGAUCCCUACAUGGCCGAGCGACUAGUAGCUUUGGUUCCCAAAUUCGAUCUCGAGCCUGAUAGAAGGCAUUAUAGUCUGAUUAUGGACUACAGAAUGCAGGCGGGGGAUCUGGACGGUGCCUUUACCGCCUACCGAUCCCUUCAAAACUAUGACAAUGAUGAAGACGAUUGGCCUCUUCUCAACAAAUUGAUUCGUGGGCUAUGCAGCUCGCCAUCCCCAAAUCAUGACAAGGUGUUGGAUGUCACAAGCUACCUGGAACAACUGGCCGCCACUCUAGAGCCGGAGACCGUGGUAGCAUUAUGCAUGACAUUCAUGAAGAAUGACGAGCAAUACGAGGUGAUAGAUACGCUCUCUUUACACACGGUACACUACAGUUGGAGCGAAAGAGCGCUCAUUUCCAAGGCCUUUACCGGGUUCUGCCUGGAUACAGCCAAUAGUACGGCUCGCGUGUGGGAUGCUUACGCUUUACUUCGACAAUUCUUUCCUGACACAGCCUUGGAGGACAGAGUAAAGAUCAUGGAUACUUUCUUUGAUCGAAAGCGUGCUGAUAUGGCCUGCCACGUGUUUGGGCACAUGCGACAACAUAGCAAUCCAAAGUAUCGGCCGACGAUAGAGACAUAUGUCCGCUGUCUCGAAGGUAUUGGCCGGAGCCCUGACUUGGAGGGCCUCAAGUUGGUGCACAACAUGCUCAAGAUGGAUACCACGGUACAACCUACCACGCAGCUGUUCAACGCAUUAAUGAUUGCAUACACAGCCUGCGAAGAGCCACAACGUGCAAUGGAGUUUUGGAAAGACAUCGACAACUCUGCCGAGGGCCCUUCCUACCACUCACUGGAGAUUGUCUUUAGGACUUAUGAAAUCACGCCAUUUGGCGACGAACCAGCAAAGCAGCUUUGGGAGAAGCUUCAUAAAAUGGAGAUUGAGAUUCCUGUCAACGUGUUGGCAGCUUAUGCUGCGGUUUUGGCUAGCAACAGCCACAUGGAAGAGGUCAAGAAGAUCAUCGAGGACAUGGAGGCCAACACUGGACAGCGGCCUGAUGUCAUGACUCUCGGCGUGGUUUACAAUGCUCUGCCCAAUGACGACUUCAAAGAUGAAUUCGAAGCAUGGUCGAAGGAGUGGUUCCCACAUGUCUGGGCCCAAUUGGAGAAGAUACGGAGGAGGCGAGACGCCGAAGGCUUCCGGACAUUCCAGAUCACGCGACCCUGGAAAGCGUAA